UAUGAAGAAAUGAACGUGAAAAACAAAGGAACUAAACAACCAUCUGACACAAAUGAUAAGCAGUGUGCAUGUAUAAAAUCUUGUACAUCAGUAACCAUUUGCUGGGGUAUUCUGUUACUGAUCAUGGCCCUUCGCAUCUAUUUUACCACAUUGUUAAUUCAUAAGAACAAAGACUUAUUGAGGAGUCAACUCAACUGGACAAACACCUCCACUGCCUUUGAAACACAGAUCAGAGACCUCAUUGCAGAAAACCAGAACCUAACAGAACAAAUAAAACUCAUGAAGAUGGAGCUCAGUCUUGGUCCAGAAAAGGUUUGCAACACUUGUCAGGAGGGCUGGCUCCACUUUGAGUCAAACUGCUAUGCAAUUAAUGAUGCUGAACUUGGUGAGAAGAAAACCUGGGAAGAAGCUCAAGAAAACUGCAAAGGAAAGAUUUCCGAUUUGGCUGUUGUAAUUAAUGCAACAGAAAAGAAAUAUAUCAGUGACAAAAGCUGGAAGAGUUCAGGAGAAAAUGGAUACUGGAUUGGUCUGAGAGCUGAAGGUGGG